AUGAUGGAUGACGGUUCCUCUGUGUUAUUAAAAAGUGAUAUUACUCCUUCUCCUUGUUCUAUGGAUAAAUUAGAAAUUGCACCUGCAAAAAGUCCUGAUUCAAUAUCAAGUCAAUGUUCUAAAAUGAGUUCAACUACCAAUCAAAGUAAUGCUAACACUAACAGCAACAACAACAAUAACAACAGUAGCGAUGUCUUUCGGACUGAUAAAUUAGCUACUGAGGAACGACCGGUGGAAGUAAAUACUGAAGACAUGGAACCGGCUUUACGACGUAGUAAACGUGGUAAAGGAAGACCUAGCAAUGUUCAUAAUAACAACAACAGUAACAAUAAUAACAAUGAUGGAUCAUCAGACGAUCAUGUCCCUUCUUGUAUUGUCUCUGGCGUUGAAUAUCGUACAGGUGAUUUUGUCUACUAUGAAGAACCUGAUUUUGAAUAUUUUACAAUUGGUUUAAUUGAAGAAAUUAAAGUCUCUCGACGUGAUAAAUUCUCAGUAUUUAUUAAGUGUUUCUAUCGUACACGUGAUAUACCGGAGAUAUCAAAACAAGCUCUUCCUGAUCGUGAUAAUUAUCCAGCGAAUUCAAAUGUAAAAUUUAUUAGAGAUAUAUUUGCUCGAGAACUGUUUGUUUCUGAAGUACAAGAAACUCUGCCAGCUAAACAACUACGUGGCGUGUGUAAAGUGAAUUAUUUGCCUGACUUAAAAACAGCCCUGACAACAUUUUCACCAGACGAAGAUGAUAGCUUUUUCUAUGUUUUUGCUUACAAUCCCGAGACGCGUCGUUUAUCCAAAAUUCGUGCAGAAAUACGCGUUGGUCAAGCCUAUCAAGCCGCCUUACCAGAAUUUCGUCAUCAUCCACCUGCCGCCUAUCGUUUUAACAAUAGAAAUUGUGUGAAUCAUUCACGUAAGCGUAAACGUUGUACGCAUAAAUCAGCAGAUCAAGAUACACAUUCACUCCCGCCACAUUAUGAUCAUCAUCAUCAUCACCCUCGUAAGCAUAGACGUACCAGUAAUGCUUCACCGCACCAAUUGACUACAGUUAACACAUUGCAUAAUCAUGAAUUACAGCCGUCAAAUAAUGAUGUUUCUUCAGAUGCUCUCGAUGACGGUGGUACUCGUGGUGGUGGUGUUGGUGAUGGUGGCGAUAUUUGUGGUACAGCUUCAAAGAUGUCCGAUGGUGAUGAUGAUGAUCAUGAUAAUGCUGAUGCUGAUGACAACAAACCGUUAAUCAAUAAACCAAAAAUGGAUAUUCCAAAAUCUCCUAAAAAAUUAGACACCUUCAACAACGACGACAAUGAUGAUCAUGUUGACGAUCAUAAUGAUGAUGAAGACAUGCCAUGUAAAACAGAAGCGACUGUCAACGCAUCUGUAGACUUGUCAGAAAGCAUUAAAAAUGUACAAAAGAUAGAGUCUUCUUCAAUUAGUGAACCAUUAGCAGCGUCAAGUUUACCACCAAAAUUAGAGAAUGCAAAUCAUUUUGAUGAUGAUGAUCACAUGUCGGUCGAUCCGAUGAAUACGGACGACUUGGAUCAUCCUCCUCAUCCUCAGCCUCCUAAUCAUCACCACUAUCACAAUCAUCAUCGGCACCAUCAAUGUCAUCCUGCUUGUAAUCAUAAAAAUCAUGUCUAUCCUGGAAGACAAUCUCAUCAUCGAAAGCGAAGAAGAGGAGGAGGAGGACAUCGAAGAUGUCGCCGUCGAAAAUCACAAAAAAGGGAGAUACUUGUUUGGAGUCCAUGUGGUUUAUCUUCUGCUCUGUCGGGUUCUUGUAAAGACUUCAAUUCAAUCAUCGCUAGCACUACUGUGAAUGAUCAUCAGAACAAUCCACAUACUGUUGAUAAUGAUGAUAACAAUAAUAAUAACAAUAAUGCAAAUACUGUGCUAAAUAGUAUCAGUUCAGAUUUCAAUUCUAUGCUAUCAGAUGAACCAUUGAAAAACUACUUAGAUGCUGUUCGAUCAAUGGUAGCAUUUUUUGGUUUCGGUGGUGCUGAAGAUGAUUUAUCCUCGGCUGAAAAUGGUCUGGUUCUUGCCAAUCUUGCCGCGACUACUCAACACGCCUAUGAUACUCUGCAUAAAUGUAAAUAUUCAUUAAGAAAUGCUCUACAGGCGAUAUCGUGUAAUCCUAUUGUGGCUAAGGAUACGCCAAGGCAUUGGACAGCUGAACAAGUCCGACUGUUUGCACAUGCACUACGUAUCCAUGGAAAAGAUUUUUUUACAAUACAAAGAAAUUUCUUCGGUGGAAAGACAUCAACUAAUAACAACAAUAAUAAUAAUAAUAACAAUAACUCUAACACCAACAAUAUCAAUAAUAACAAUAGUGCAACUAAUGCCAAUGGGGGCACUGGUCGUAUACGUGGUCGUGGUCGUCGUAAACUUGUACCUGUUAGUAGUAAUAAUGGUACUGCAUCAGCCUCAAAACUAUCCAGUAUGAAAUCAGACGAGAGUGAAGGUGGUAAUUCAACGACAGCCACAGUGACGUCAGCAUCAACCGGUGGUAAAUUAGAAGAGGUUAAGUCUGAGGAUGCUGUAGGUGUUUCAAAUACUGAAUCAUUACACGAUAAUGGGGAAUCAGCAGAGAAUAAUGCUACAACACAAAAAGGUUUCAAUGAUGGUAACGGCAAUACACCAUCAGGUUUACUUGCUGCUACUACUACAAGUGAACCAGUGAAGACUGUCAAAGAAUUAAUAGCCUUCUAUUAUUAUUGGAAAAGAAAAGGAACCUCAUCCUCAUCACUUGGCGGAGGACAUGGUGGAUUGAGUGCAGCUGCUGCCAACUUUGCCACUGCUGUUGUUGCAGCUGCACUGAAUACUGAUAACACUCUACCAUCAUCAAGUGUCAACAGUAGUAGUAGUGGUGGUGUUAAUGGUGGUGUUGCGUCGUCGUCGUCGUCAUUAUCAUCAGCAGCAGCAGCUGCUGCAGUUGCAGCCUCUGAAGCAGGCAAUAAUUCCAAUGGGAAUAUAUUCUCUUCUUCUCAAACACACUUCAAUGCAUCAUCUGUUAAGAAACGCAAAGCUACAAAUCGUGGAUGUGUCCUGAAUUAUCAAAGUUUAACACAACAAACCGGUGAUGAUAAAUCAGAAUCUGUGGGACCUAGUCAACCGGAAUCAGAAGUUGAAGAGAAUUUUGAGACAACGAAUGCUGGUACUGAUGACGCUGUUGACGUUCCAGUGAAUUCUGGUGAGAAAAAUGAAGACGGUACAACGAUUUCAACGACAACAGUGGAUGGGAAUACUGAUUCUGCAUCAACUAGUCGACUUCGUAAACGUUUGUGUCGGAAUUGUAGUGCAGAGUUGUUGUCGUCAGAAGAUAGCCCCCCACCACCUUUGUUAGGACAGUUACGAUUUCUUUGUCCUGGUUGUCGUAUCCACUUACAAAAAUAUGGUGAAUUAAAGUGUACAGUUGAAGAACAAGAAGAGAAUAUAAUUGAUGAUGCUGUGUCUGAAGUUACUCAUCCAACAACUAACGAUGAACAAUCAGAAAAACCUGACGUGUCAAGUGUUCAAAUAAAACAAAUGAAAUCCAAUUCUGUACCAAAUACACCAAAACCAUGCAAUCGAUUUUAUGAUAAACGGCAUAAGAAACGUAUCCUUCAUCGAUUGAUGAAAUGUGAAGAAUCUUCUCAAAAGAAAGAGAAGUAUCGAUCAUGUUAUGAUUCAUCUACUACUGCUACUAAUCUAUCCUCACCGAUUUCCUCUCCGUAUUCAUUGCAAUCAAAUCUAGAUGAGUAUUAUUAUUCCGCUUCAGAAUCAUCGUUAUCCUCAUCAUUUAGUGCAUCGCAAUGUGAAGAUUCUGAUUGUUACAUUGGAUCUGAUGAUGACAAUGAAUCCAGUGACACUACAAUGACAAGUUCCAGUUGUAAUUCUCCUCUUACCCCUCCUCCUCCUGCACCCGAUGAAUUAGAUGAAGUAACGACGAAACCGGAGACCGGUGAUUAUUAUCCUUCUUCCAGGCAUCAGAAGAAAAAGCAUCGUUUAUGCUGUCCAUCUGAAAGUAAACACAAUGAUAAGUAUGCAUUGUCAAAAGUUUCACCUCCGUCGAAACUCGAUGAAAAUAUAGAAAUGCCUAUUCCCACUGGGGAUAAUGUUGUUGGUGGUGAUGUUAAAGAAAACAGACUUGCUGCUGCUGCUACUGCUGGUGGUCUUCAAAAUAAAACGGGUGACUUACAUAGUCAUCGUCACUCUCAUUUGGAUAAUAAAAGCAUCCUCCCCACCUCCAUCUCAUCCGCCACACCUUCAGAUAUUCAUUCCAUUUCCAAUUGUAUUGAUUCACAUGAUACAAAAGGACAUAUUUCACAUGUAUUAUAUUCUAUGAAUAAUAACGAACGAAAAGAAAAUUAUUCAAAGAAAUCAUCAUCAUCUUCAGCGUUUCCUUUACAACAACAUAUUGACGACAAUCAACAUUAUCCUCAUCAUCAUCAUCAUGCGCCACAACAUUCGGUCGAUGAGACAGAUGUCAAAGACACGCAUCAAGUUGGUGGUGGUGAUGAUGAUGACGCCGGUAGUGUAGAAGAUGAAUUAGAAAUGGAAAAUUUAAUCAAUGCAACAAAUGACUCCAAUCCAGUAUCUUGUUAUGUUGAUGCCUACCGAUCGACAUGGUCACAUUUGGUGCGUAUAUGGAAUAGGCAAGUAAAUUAUCCACAGACUACUACCACUGCUACUACUGCCAAUACUAACACUACCAAUUCGAAUAAUGACUCAUCAAUAAUACAACUUCAAAAAAAUAUUGGCUCCUGUGCACGAACUGAUCUAAUCUAUUGUGGACGAGGUAUUGAUAUUCCGGUGAAUAAUCAUGAAUUUUGGAAUAUGCAAAGGCAUAAUCUAUAUGCAAAGUAUGUAGAUACAGCUAUUGGUCCUGGUGUUAGCACAUACUUAUCGUCGAUGUCAGCAUCAUCAUCACAUUUGCCAUCUUCGUCUGCGGCCAUAGCAUCUGUUGCUUCUGCUACCGGUGGAGGUGGCGGUUUUCCAGAUGGUGUUAUGGAUCAUAAAGCUGCUGUCUUUGGGAAUGAAAUCAUUAAAUCAGAGGCGGUGAUGAAUCUGCUCGCAUCAAAUGCAUAUUAUACUGGAAAUACUUCAUUUGCGCAUACACCAGCCUACCAUACACCGUCAUCUUCAUCAUCGUCUAUUCAGGAUACAUCGUCUACUGCUCUUGAUCUGUGUGCUCGUAGCUCGAAACGAUCCUCCUCUAUCCAGUCGUCAUCAUCUGAUCAACCUGCAAUAAAAACAUGCAGAUCAUAUCAUCAAAAUGAUCCUGGCAAUAUGAUCUAUCUAAAUCCUAAUAAUAAUAAUAACAAUAGCAUAUUAACACCAACAGGUCAAACUGGGAGUAUGCCUUCCAUGAUGCCACCGAUUUCACAGAUUCCAUCAUUUCCAUUAUUACCGCCUCAAUUACAACAACAAAUACUAAUGCAACAACAACAGCAGCAGCAACAACAACAAAGUGGGACAGGCAUUAAAUCGCCCAUUAGUAAUAAUAAUAAUAAUAUACCAAGUCAACAACAACUGCAAACAAUGUAUGAACAAGCUUUGUUAUUUGCUGCAGCUGCUGCCGGACAUUAUCAACACAACAACAGUCCAUCGCGUGAUGGUAUGAAAUUUUUCCCUCCAAACUUUGAAAUGAACACUACUGCCGCUACUACUACUAGUAAUAAUAAUAAUAUUAAUAAUCCUACAAAACAGAUGCCUGUUGUCUCUUCUCCAAAUCUACGCUUUAUCAAUCCGAAUAACAAUAAUAUUAUUGGAAACAGUAAUAAUAGUUGUAAUAAUAAUAAUAAUAGUAAUAUGAGUUCUUUAAUGUCAACAAGAAUUGCAGCAGCAACUGGAACAUUUUAUCCGCCUAUUUCUUCUAUCUCCUCAUCGUCGUCAGCUACUGGCACAGCAGCGACAGCUGCCUCUGCCUCUGCUCCUUCACCAUUCCCUAUGCAUCAUAACAAUAACAGUAAUAACAAUAAUAAUAAUACCAGUGCACAUGGAAUGAACCGGUCGAUGGUGAAUACUCCGUUUAACUUUAGUCUAACAGAUUCACAAUGUCAGCCAAGCGGCGGCGGCAGUGGUGGUGGUAAUCUUUCAGCUCAUAUGUCUAUGUCAGCUGGUGGUUCUUCGUCUUCGACGCCCUCAAUGCUCGGAUUGAAUCCUAGUAUAACUAGUGGUGGUGGGUAUAAUGGAUUGGGAUGUUCAUCAUCUAAUCCAUUUUUAUCACCAGGAACUCCGUUCUAUAGUCAUCCAGAACUUCUGCAACGUCAGUUGGCUUUAAUGGGAUUACUGCCACCUACUUCACUCCCUUCAGACCGCAUGGCGUCGUCGUCUUCUGCUGCUGCGUCAGUAGAACAACGUGAAAUCGAUGCCUUCCAGCGGCUUAUGUCUGAACGUCUUGAAUAUUUGCGAAAUGCUACUAACAGCCAACAACAGCAACAGCAGCAGCAACAACAACGUACAAUGACACCUGUAGAACAAUUUCAACUCUAUCAACAACAACAGCAACAGCAGCUACAACAACAACAGCAGGAGAUAUUAGCUGCUGCUUUUUCAGCUGAAAUGGCUGCACGACUUGAAGGUGGUAUCCCUGCUUCAUCGAUUUAUCCACAUCAAAAUUCUUCUCUACAGUUACAACCCCCACCACCACCGCCACCAUCACGACCUUUACCACCGGCAACACCUACAUCAAUGAUAAUCGGUGGUUGUUUAUCACAUUCUGAUGGAAAUGGUGGUGCAAUGACAUCAGCAGUGAAUAGUAUUUCUACUCGACCGACUGCCUCUGUUCAACUGUCACAUAAUCCACGGUAUCCACAAUCAUCCUCAGCAUCAGCAUCAUCACUACAGUUCUCUCCAGGGCCAACUAAUCGUUUCCCUCAACAUCAUCAGGAUAUUCAUAAUCUUAGCAGAAAGACACCGCCAAUUGCACACCAUAACUCUUCUUCUUCAUCUUCUUCGUCCCGUGACAUGUCUAUGAAUCUAAAUAAUUUAUCAUCGAUUAAUCCUGCUGCUGCUACGCCAUUGUUAUCACCAUUCAAUGUUGGGCAUACACGUGCCUCACCGCAUAUGCCUUUCACUUCACCUAUUACUCAUGGUGGUGCUGGUAGUAAUAGUAGUGGUAGUGGACGGUCAGCAUCACGUAAUCCAACGAUCCAACCACCACAACAACCAUCAGCCUCAUCGUCGUCAAAUUUACAAGAACAAGUAUUCAAUGCAGCGAAAUUAGCUAUGAUGGCAGCUAAUAUUCAGUCUGAUCCAAAUAAAGCAUUACAAUUUGCAAGUUUAGCUGCUGCAGCAUUUGCUGAAAUGGCAUCACAGGAGAAAAAGACUUCACUGCCACGAAGCAGUCUGCCGGUACAGCAGCAGCAUCAGCAACAACAACAACCACAACAGCAUCCUUCUGCGAUUCAAGAUAACUUGCCACAAAGAAAUAUGAAUGCUCCAGCCUCUAAUGUAAGACUACGUUCUCCAGCAGGACAAUACACUGGUAGUAAUUCAGACUGUAACAACAAUUCUACUCCAUCUGGAAUGCCCAACUUUAUGAAUCAAAGUACACACAAAGAAAGGCGACGUCAAAAUAGUCAUAUGUCAGCGGGUAUUAUUCCUCAAUCAUCUGGACCAUCUCAGUCGUCCUCAUCGUCAUCGGCGAAUCGUUUACUCUCUCCUGUACAUCAUUCUCAUUCAGAAUCUCGGUCACUUAGUAAUCGUACACCUACUCCAGCAACUAAUCGUAUGCAUCAGUCACAGUUGUCUAACAAUCAACCAUCUAAUAAUGAUUCUCCAAUGUUUCCAGGAGGACCUUCGAUACCUGGUAUGCCACCAGGUCAGUUAGCACAAUUGGCACAACUAGCACAAAUGUCUGGACUUCCACCGGGAUUUUCAUUUCAGGAUCCAGCUGUUUUGAAUGCUUUCGCAUUGGCUGCAGCAGCAACAUCCUUAGUAGCUGGCGGUGGCGGUGGCAAUCAAUCAUCAGACAACCUACUCGAAAAUACUCCUGUAAACACGGCAGAUCGAUAUCGAUCACCAAUUCCCCAACAACGUUAUCCUCCCACUAACACACAACAACAACAACAACAGCAAUACAGUCAUCAUCAACAACAACAGCAACAUCAACAACAGCAGCAGCAACAACAACAAGCAGCAGUGGCAGCUGCUGCCGCGGCUAUGGCUAAUGCAUUUGGUCUGCCCAGUCUACCGGCUCAGUUCAAUUCACGUCUAUCCUCAUCACAACCAUAA